GCAAAUUUGCUUAUGGUGGCUGUUGUCUGUUUUGUUCCUCUCACCUGUCCAUUAGAGGCCCCUCCCUGUCUGUGGUGCACUGAAUCCUGUCCUCACCUGCGGAAGCUAUAAAGGAACAAAGAAAGCAACGUUAACUCAUAUCACAAAGAAGAACAUCGCCAUCCGAGGAGUCUACAUACACUGAAGAGGUGAGGAUGACUUCCACUGCAGAUCGUCUGGCCCAUCAGAAGAAGAGGGAGGAAGGCAUUGGCACCAACCAGAAAGCAGUGAAGUUCUCCCAGCAGGACUAUGAGACUCUGCGGCAGCAGUGUCUGGAGCGUGGAGGCCUGUUUGAGGACAACUGUUUUCUUCCUGAGAGCAAAUCACUGGGCUUCAAUGAGCUGGGACCAUACUCAGCCAAGACCAGGGGCGUAGUUUGGAAGAGGCCAACGGAGCUGUGCUCAAAUCCAAAGUUCAUUGAUGAUGGAGCCACAAGGACGGACAUUUGCCAAGGAGCUCUGGGUGACUGCUGGCUUCUGGCUGCAAUAGCCUCUCUGACUCUGGACCAGCGGAUCCUGGCUCGUGUGGUGCCCCAUGGACAGAACUUCACUGAAAGAUAUGCCGGGAUAUUUCACUUCCAGUUCUGGCAGUUUGGUGAGUGGGUGGAUGUGGUGGUCGAUGACCGUUUACCCACCAGAGAAGGAAAGCUGCUGUUUGUUCACUCAGCGGAGGGAUCCGAGUUUUGGAGCGCACUGCUAGAGAAAGCCUAUGCUAAGGUGUAUGGCUGCUAUGAAGCCCUGUCUGGAGGAAACACUAUUGAGGGUUUUGAGGAUUUCACAGGAGGGAUUGCUGAAGUUUACACCUUAAACAAAGCUCCACCGAAGCUCUUCCAAAUCAUAAAGAAAGCUCUGGGGCUGGGCUCACUGCUGGGUUGCUCCAUUGAUAUCACCAAUGCCUAUGAGACAGAGGCGGUUACAGCUCUUAAACUUGUCAAGGGGCAUGCAUACUCAGUGACUGGUGCGGAGGAGGUUAAUUAUCUAGGCAGGCAGGUUGAGCUGGUCCGCAUCAGGAAUCCAUGGGGUCAGGUGGAGUGGACUGGGUCUUGGAGUGAUGGAUCCAGCGAAUGGAACCACGUCAGUAAAGAGGAGAAGUCAAAGUUGAACAAUAAGGCUGAGGAUGGAGAGUUCUGGAUGUCCUAUUCAGACUUCAUCAGGCAGUUCUCCACGCUGGAGAUCUGUAACUUGACCCCAGACACGAUCAUGAGUAACGAUGUGGGCCACUGGAACCACUACCAGUUUGAAGGGAUGUGGAGGGUGGGCUCCACUGCUGGCGGCUGCCGCAAUAACCAAGCCACAUUCUCAUCCAACCCACAGUAUGUGGUGCGUCUGGAGGAUGUGGAUGACGACCCCCUGGAUGGAGAAGAUGGCUGCACCUUCCUGGUUGGGUUGAUGCAAAAGGACGGACGACGGAAAAAGAAGCUUAACCGCAACCUUGAAACCAUUGGCUAUGCCAUUUAUAAGGUCCCAGACGAGGUCUGUAUUUAUACUGUACAUGCAAGUAAUCAGAGGUGGGAAGUACAUUUACUCCUGUGA